AUGUCCCAGAGACACAUCAUCCUGACGGGCGCACCAGUGCCUAGCUCUCUGUGCUGGGAGGAAGACGAGCUGGAGACGGCCAGCAGCAAGACGCACCACGCAGCGGACGAAGCUCGAUGGAGGAGCCUGGGGAGGGUCAGGGAGACUACGGUGUUGACAGCCCCCAUCGACGAGGGCGAAUGGUUCUUUACAGCGGGCGCCGUGCAGAGAUACAGCGGCGAGUCCGUCAGCGGGCUCGAGACGACGGCCCUGUCUGCAUUUUAUGAGCAGUCCUUUGCACUGCAUGAAGGCAUCUCAUCUGGCUCUUUUAAUGAUGACACGAGGUCCCUUGGUGACGACGACUCCACUACUGGCUUGAUUGACAGUCCAGAAGGCGACGCUUCAUCCCUGCUGCCAACGGGUUCUCAACUUCGAUCGACCGUCCGCUCCCAUUUGAGCGACCUUGAGGAUAUCCCAAAGGCAGCAUAUGUCAACGGGCUAGCUCCGCGGGUUGUCACAGUCAACCUAAUAGUGGCUGUUAUCACCGUCGAGCAGCGUCGUCGAGUACGCACUCGCUGGGGACGAGCCAUGGACCUGGUCGAGCUGCUGGUUGGGGACGAAACGAAAUCAGGAUUUCGUAUUAGCUGCUGGCUUCCGCCGCGAGAUGAUCUUCAUCAGCACCAGCAGCAGACGAAGCAGAGCCCGCUAGAGGAGUCCCUGGAGGAAGUCCGCCCAUGUGACAUCGUCCUCCUCCGGUCAGUAGCGCUGGGAACCUUCCGGGGCCAAGUAUAUGGGCAGAGUCUGCGCAACAACUUGACCAGCCUGGAUCUGCUGCACCGGAGACGUGUCGAUGGGAUGGACUCUGAGGGUCCCUACCCAGGACGGCGUCUAGAUGGCCCUGCCACAGACAGCCAUGACCCGCAGAUGGCAAAAGUCGCCAGAGUCAGGUCCUGGAUGCUCGACUUUAUCGGACCGGCCCGUGAACAGGUCAACCAGCUUCCUCCAGACACUCAAGGAUAA